GGGAACAUUUCGAUACCACGGCAUAAAACCGAACGUAGCAAAGGUAAAAUACGAUCACAAAAUUUAACCAUUUAACUCGUACCUAUUACUGCUUGGCUUGUUCCUAUUUUGAGAAAUUAAUUCGAAAAAUGUCCGAAAAAGUGAUCGUAGCAGUGAAAGAAGGGAAAGUACGCGGAUUUAAAAGAAAAACGUAUUAUUCUGGAGUAGAGUUCUACACGUUUCUUGGAGUACCUUACGGACAAUCGACCGCUGGCUCGGCCCGUUUCAAAGAUCCAGUUAAAGUAAAACCAUGGAAAGAUAUCUUGGAUGCGACAGUUGAGAGGGGAGGCUGUAGGCAAUAUUCAAUAUGGAAGAGAGAGCUACUUGGCUCGGAAGACUGCUUGUACAAUAACAUUUAUACACCGAAGUUAAGAUCAAGUGGAGAUGGUUUAAAAGCGGUCAUAGUAAAUAUUCACCCAGGAGGACGUUUUCAUGGUUCGCCGGAUCCGUCCUAUUUCGGAGCUCCAGACUACAUAAUGCACCACGAUGUUGUAUAUGUAUGCGUUGGAUAUCGAUUACACCUACUAGGAUGUUUAAACUUGCAUAUGAAAGCCUGUUCGGGAAACCAAGCUUUAAAAGAUGUGAUACUAAGCCUACAAUGGAUCAAAGAUAACAUCAGCUCUUUCGGAGGCGACCCAGAUAAUAUAACUUUGAUGGGCAGCAGCAGUGCAGCCUUGCUCGUGCAUUUUACACUGCUGUCGCCUUUGGCCAAAGGUUUAUACCAUAAAGCGAUACUCAUGGGAACGUAUGCAUUCAGUCCAGUGGUGGCAACUUCAUCAGAAAAUCUACCGACGGCUUAUGACGUAGCAGUAAGAACUGGUUACGAUGGUGAACUCGAAAAUCAUAAAAAAUUGCUCCAUUUUUACAAGAAUCUAGCAUAUGACCAAGUACCUAUAAUAAAGCACGAGCAACUGAUUAGAAAAAAUAUUGCAAUAGAUGUUUUUCCCGCUUCACCAUUUUCGCUCACACCAGAGCCAGGAGAAAAUUCACCCGUACCUGUAUCACCAGAGAAACUUAUCCCAUCAACAAAUCGAGUACCAAUAAUAAUUGGAUUCUGCGAGAAAGAAGCUUGCAUGGCUAUUGCAAAACUAAGAUAUCGCAAACAAUCAAUGAAUAGUGACUUCUACAAAGUUAUACAACAGAAUGUUUGGGGAUGGGGAGCUGUUUUGAGCAAAGACGAACUAAAACUAGUUCAAAAAGAAGUAGAAAUGUUCUAUUUAUCGGGAAAAUCGAUAGAAACCGCAUCAGACACAGUUUUAUGCGAUAUUCUAACAGACACUGCCUUGUCUGGCGUUUAUGAUUCGCUAAUAAACGUCAUCUCAGCGGAUCCUUCAUCGCCGGUGUAUGCAUAUAAUUUUUUCUACGACGGUAAAUUAGAUGCGCUAAAAGCCAGAAUUGAAUCCCGCGUACAAACAGAACUAACAGGAAGCUUCCAUGGAGCCGAUUACAACUACUGGAAUUACUUGGAAGAUCAUGUUGGUAAAUCGAUGAGUAAAAUAAGGCCGGAAGAUCGACACAUCAUAGAAACGCUUACAAGCUUAUUCACAACUUUCGCAAAAACAUCAAAUCCUAAUUACAAAAGAUUGGGAGUCAAAUGGAAACCUACAACUAUCGAAUGCCCGAGCCAUUUAAUUAUUGAUCAAACGCUCGAAGUUAAAGAUGAACUAUUGAAUGGUGAACGAAUGCAAUUUUGGCAAAAUUUAAAAAAUAAAUUAAACUAAGCUUAGCUGCAAAGUGUGCGUAGCUAGCUGCCUUUCAACAGAAAUAAUAAUAUUUUGGAAACUCUCAUUGCUUCUAAAUAAUAAUCGUUUUUCAGUGUUUUCAUAUUUGAUCUUCAAAUUACAAAAUUUCA